AUGACGGAAGAGAACCGAAUUGAUAUCUCCGAGGAAGUCAAUCCACCGGUCCCAGCUCAUUCUCAGCAGCCCCCGACACAUGCUUCGCCACCUCCAACUCCCGCGGGCAUACCAUCGGCGUAUUCGGGCGCUCCCUCGAUACAUCUCCCACCACCAACGUCUUCAGGGGCACCCCUUCCACAAGUCUCGCCGACAUCUUCCACCUCCGACGACCAUGCUCGCAUCGCGGCACUUGAGGGCACAAUUAACCAACUAGCUGCCAACAUGACCACCAACAUGGCCGAACUGUUUGCCCUACUCAGAGGACCGAACCGUGCAUCCUCGAGCUCCACACCUCCUUCAGGACAAGGGCUAACGGUCAACCCAACAUCUUGGAUUCCGCCGACUCAAGCUCCAGAAAGCACUGAUGCUCCUGCCCCACCAACAACUCACAUGCCCACUGUUCACCCGUUAGUCAUCCCCUUUCCGCUGCCACCGGCCCCCACAGCCGUCCCUCUUCCACCGGCGGCAUUCCUAACUCCGGAUCAGGCCCUGUCUGUGCCACCACCCGUCUCCAUGCCGGCCCCAGCCGCAAUCUAUACCGUCCUUCCGCCAAUGGUUUUCCCGGCAUCAAGCGCACCUGCUCCAGCGCAUUUUCAAGUCACAGAACCUCCUCCCUACACUUCUCAACAACCCCACACUAGCCUUCCCUACCAAGCGCCGCCUCCCAUAAAUAUCACCUUUCUCGAAUCGGGGCACCCCGACUCACGUGGUUCAGUUCGCUUCACCAACGCACUUUUUCCCCGAGGCUGA